CUAGGAGAGGCGAAGCCUGAUUGGCCGGACAGACCGUUUAUCCGCAUGCGCACUACAGGAAAUAAAGAUGCAUUCCAGAUUCAGGGGUGGAGUACGUCCACUCGAGGAAACUCAGAAAAGCCAAUUUAUUUCAUGCUGAAAUAACGAUUAUUAAAUAAGGCAAACGUCACAUUAUCGCUUUAACUUGCGGGGGAAAACUGAUUAAACGAUUGAAAACCGCUAUCGCGAAACCCGCACAUAUUUUUCGUACUUUUUACACAAGCACUUGAAUGUGUUUAAGUUUUACUGAGAGCACUUGAAGGGAGCACGAGCAGGAACAGGAAGUGAAUGCUCUGUUUUGGUUUUGGACACACACACCAGACUCCGAGCAGACGGUGAGUCUUUCUUUGUUUACGACAUCUUUUUAAACCAACACUAAAACAAAUAACGAUAAAAUAAACUAAGAAAUGACUGACAAGUCGCGGAGAAAACAGUCGUAACAACUGCUAACGGUAGUUAACGGUAAUUAACGUUAUGUGGCUAUCGCUUUAUUAGUCAGCAGAUUUAAAGUUUGUUUGCUUAACGGUGCGAUUUCUGUGAUGUUAUGGAGAUUAAACGGAUGCAACAGUUAGCUGGGAACUCCAUCUGCCCCCCUAACGUCGCGACAUAAACAGUUAACUGUAAAGAAUAAAAGAAACACCAGCUUCCAUAAGCAUAUAUUAUACGUGUGGAUAUGGCUCAAAUUAAUUAACUAAUAACACUUAUUGGGGCCCCAGCAGACCACCUGUAACCGUCUGAACCCGGGCACCUCGGCUGCUGUUGCCUCCAUAAAUGGAUCAGGUUUUGGGGGUCAGUUGCACAACUGAACAGCCUGUCCUGACCACAAAGUGUGUGUCUGUGUAUGUGUGUUGGGACUGGGUGGGUGCUGGCAGAAGGCCUCCUAUUGUCACUGCGGUGCUAGCUGUAACUAGAGGAGAGAGCCCGUACACACACACACACACCACAGUAUAACUGAUCCUCUAAUAGGGGCUGAGCCGCUUUUUGGUUUGUUCUCUUGUUUUUCAGCACCAGAUGUUGAGACUUGGCUGAGACAAUCCACACAGUUUAACCUCAUGUUAUUAAAAGAGAAGCACUACUUCAUUAAUCCAAUGCAACCCAAUAUAAAUGUUCUGCCACAAAGUCUACUCUCAUGAUGCCUAUAAUGUCCAAGUUUUCCCCCCACUAACUUAGAGAUGUUAAAUUGUAUGGGAAGAAAAAAUGCACUUGAAUUAAAUUAAAAGGCCUUUCUUCAAAACAUGGCUGCUUACAUUGAAUGGAUUGAACUGUCUGUUUUCCUUUUUUAUGUGAUGGGUGUAACUUUGAUAUUUGUUUAGUAAUGUCUCUCUUGUGCAGGAUGUUUUUUCUGAGCACUCAUGGAGGUGUGUCACCUUCAAAAUGGCCUCUCAUUGUGAUCCAAUGCUGUCACCCACCUGCAUUCAUCUAUCAGUCAGGAUUGGAUGACACUCCCUCCCAAGUUUAUAAAAUGUUUGCCUGACUCCUGUCCGCUCUUUCGCACUCUGAUGAAGACCUUAGGGUCGAAACCAGUCGGUAUUUUAAUGUAAGCAGCCAUGAUUUUUGAAUAAAUGUUUUUUAACUUAAUUGAAGUGUAUUUGUUCCUGCUCCAUACAUGAGUGCCUUUUCCUCCCAUGUGCUGACCUUUUCUUCAAGAGCAACUGUGUUUUUUUCUUGGGUUUCAUAUGAUAGAGACAGUCCUCGAGCACACCACUAACUCAUUCUCCUGAAUGUUUCAUUAGGCUACAUGUUUUAGCAUUAGGGCCAUAAUGGUGCUGUUGUACUGGACUGCAUUAUUUUGAGGUUUUUCCAUCGUAAAUAAAAAGCAGAAAAUAUUAGAAAUACCUCUUGAUCAUAAUGUAGCCCCGUACACCACCUUUUAUCUUCCUUGUAAACAUAUAGCCUAAUUAAAUUCAAACAAAACUGAACAUCACAAGUUUUAUAAAGGCACGAUCGAUGGCAGUGCUGUUGUAUUGGAUUGCAGUACAUGGUACAGGUGUACCUAAACACUAGUGCACUGGCAGUCACAGGCUGGAGGACUGGAGAUGGCAAUGAUAAAGAGUUUUACACUUGGCUUGGGCGGUAUCUGUUUACCACACCUUCAUACCUUGCUGACAUUUCACUGGGUAAAAUGUAAAAGCUGAGCCACUGGUGAUCUACAGUGCUGUGUUUCCAAUAUGAAAUCAGCUUACUGACACAAGUCUUGCUGGGUUUAAAUACCCAGGUUCAAUGAUAAGCACCCUUCUUGCUGUAGGACCUGAUGACACAUCAGUGGGCCAAACUGAGAGGAAGUGUUGAAUAAAAUUCUGUGGCUAAUUAACUGCGUCUAUAGCUGGAAGAAGUCAUUUCAAGAUAAAGGUACAUGUGGUAGUGCACCCAAACAUGGGCAGAGGCAGUUUUCUUUUUUUACUUGUAACGUAACUAGCUCUACCAGUAAAGACUGACCUCUGGUGGCUUAUGCUGUGCACUACAUCGUUUUAAUACAGCAUCUCCUUGUCAGUUUAGUAGAAAGAGGAGCAUCUGUGGUUUUGACGGUAUUGAAAAUGGUACUUUCAGGACUUCUAAAUACCCUGGUAUACUGUAAAACUUUGAUAUCGCCUAAAACAAAACAAUUGGUAUCAAAAUAGUUCUUUUUUUUUUGUCGCUUCACUCUUUUAGCUCAAUUGCAUUUUGUCCUAAUGUUAUUUGUCAUCACCAGGUUGUAUGCACUUCUCAGUUGUGGCAAGUGAAAGUGUUUUGCUGAACAAGUGCAGCAUGUAGCUUUUAAUCCAUCCUGCUGUCCUGCCAGAUCUUCUUCCCCCUAAACCCUCAGUCCUGAGCCCGACCUCUCCCCGAUGGACAACCUAGAGGAGGACCUGACGUGCUCUGUGUGCUACUCUCUCUUCUCUGACCCGCGAAUCCUGCCCUGCUCACACACCUUCUGUAAGACCUGCCUGGACAACUUGCUCCAGGUGUCCACCAACUACUCCAUCUGGCGACCGCUCCGUCUGCCGCUGAAAUGCCCCAACUGCCGCGGCGUGGUGGAGCUGCCCCCGAUGGGUAUAGACGCCCUGCCUACCAACGCACCUCUGAAGGCAAUCAUUGAGAAAUACCAGAGUGACAGUGAGCCACGACCCCCCUCCUGUCAGGAGCACUACAGGCAGCCUCUGAACAUGUACUGCAUCCAGGAUCGACAGCUGAUCUGUGGGCUGUGUCUGACUAUUGGGCAGCACCAGGGCCAUCCUGUAGACGACCUGCAGGCGGCAUUCAUCAGAGAAAAACAGACCCCAUCGCAACUGCUGGCCAGACUCUCUGAGCAAAGAUGGGAACAGCUGUGUGAGCUGGUGAAGCAGCUGGAGCAGAAGAUGGCCCACUGUGAGGGUGAGGUGGGGCAGGACAGACAGGAGGUCAACCAGUUUUUUCAGAAUCUGGAGGCGGUGCUGGCCAGGAAGAGACAAGCCUACCUGGAGGCCCUGGAUCAAGCUGAUGCAGAAGUGUCCCGGGCCUACAAACCACUCAUAGACAGAGUGAAGCUCCUACAGGAAGAGCAGUUGGACCUGGUGUGCCUGGGUUCAUCAUUAGAGGACGAGGACCUGCCUCUGGUCUUCCUGGAGCGGCUCCAUUUGUUCAGAGAGAGGGUGGAGAAGGUGAUUAAAACACCUCUGCCCACGAUGGUGAACCUCUCAGUCAGCCCGCGGGCAGCAGAGCACCUUCAGCAGCACUGGCCUGUCACAACUAUUGGAAACCUGGAGCAAGCACCCGUCCCUAACGUGCGCUGCUGUGCCAGAUGCGGCGGCGUGGAGGCUGGUGUGGAGACUGAAGCUGCGAGGGAUCAGAACAUGCGGUGUGAGCUGCAGCCUUCUUCUUCUGUGGUGCUGCUGGUGAUGCCUCUGAUUCUGCUGCUGGCAGUGCUGUGGGCCAACCCGGUCGGAGGGGCGUCACUCGGUUUCUCCCUGCUCUCUCAGUUCAGUCAGUUAGUGCACGGACUGAGCAGCGAAGUGAUUACAUCUGUCUGGGACAUGGCAGGGUCAGCAUACACAGCCAUGGAGGCCACUGUAGAGAAAUGGAGCUCACUCCUCAGUUGGUGAAAGGGUCCUCCAGCAGCAGUGUGCCUUAGUUAAAACUCUGACAUCCCAAAAAAAACUCAUCACACUGCAACCCUCUAAACCCUCUGCACACUAAAGGACAAAUCCACCCUUAAAUAUCUUUUUAAAAACCUGCUGCUGCCAUUGUCCUGGAACAACUUCAGCAACAAGUAAACAGACAUUGAAGGCAGGUUUAAGAAAAACUGAUAGGAAAAAAUUGUAAAUAUAAAAUUCAAUCUGGUGGUGGAUUUAUCUCUUUAGCUCUACUUCAAGGAUUUCCAGUUGACCUAUGCAGUGGUAGGCAUAAGAUAUGACAUGUUUGAGAGCUGCACAGAAAAUUCAAAGUUCAAGUUCUUUAAAACUCCGAGCAGUUUACAUUGUCAUAUUUUUAUGUAUUGAAUUGUGUUAUUGUCAGUUUUAUUGAAGUGUAUUCUUCUAGUUUAUGUUCACACUACCUAACUAAUAAGCAUAUAUCAUAUCAAACACUAAUCAAACUUUCUUAACAUAGAUAAAGGUUUGCACACAGUAAAGAGCUAAAUAGUUCAGCACAUAUUAUAUUGGUGCCUGGAGACUCUUGAGCCACUUUUCCCAUCAUGCAGUGGGACAUUUCAUUGGCUCUCCCGACAUGUCAUAGAGCUCAGGACAUCAGUACAGCUGCACAUGUAUCUCCUUACACUGUUUACAGUGACUGUAUGUGAACGUUAGAGCCUGAUGAGUGGAAGCAGACACACGGCAGACCUGAGAUCAUGUUGCAGUUGAUCCACAGCUCUGAGCUGUGCUGUGCCUUUAACCAUCACGCUUUUACCUCGCCAUGAUGCCUUAUUGUAGAGGACUGUAUGUCCACCAGGACCAAUCACUUAGUGCCGUUUUUACUACAAUGGUGUACUAGAUAUCACAAUCUUUGGAAAAGCUUUACCAGCACUAUUUUGCAUCCCAUGAAUGGGUAGAUAUUAAAUAUUACUGACACAGGUGUUACACAAACUAUACUUCUUCACUAAUUCUUCCAAACUUCUUUGUUCAUGUAUUUUAAAAAUGCCUUUAUAAAGUUAUUUAAAUGCUUUUA